GAUUGGCUUAAGCUUUGUCUGAAGGGACACAUAGCAAAGUUCCCCAAUCUUUCAUCAAUCUUCAAUCAACAAAGGGAGCAACAAGUCUCUUCUUAUUUUUCUAUUCAAGCGCAAGGGAAAGGGGAAAUAAUAAGUGAAGAGCCAAAUAAUGAACCAGAACUUGAGAGCUUUGGUGAUUGGAGUAGUAGGUGCAGCCAUCACCUUGUCUUCUUAUUCACAGACUCUCAUCUCUCCCACUCAGUGUGUCACAGUUGGCCUCCUUGUCCUCAUGUUUGCCUUGAUUGUCAGAGAAGGUUUCAUAUCUCUUUAAUCCAAGUGUUGUUCCCUCUUAAAUUUCAAUGUAUUCCCAUGAUUUGAAUUGGUGAAGCUAUUUUGGAGAUUUAAUGUAAUCUGGUAAUUUGCUUUUGAUGUAUUAGCUUCCUUCUUCCUUUGUCAAUAACUCAAUUUGUUUCAAUCUUUGCAUAUGCUUUA